AUGUUGUCGUUCCGUGCCGGAUGUGCGGCAGUUCUACUGUUCGCUUGGACGCAAAGUCUGGCUUCCGCGUCAUUGGAAGCCGAUGGAAAUAAGACUAUCGAAUUUAUCAAACAGUUUGCCACUACCUUAAAAACGCAGUGGAUGGAAAAAAUACCUUCGAUUGAAAAUUCGUUUAACACUUCGUGCACGGACGUAUUCUCGGCACUGAUAUCGGGACUCCAAUUCAGAGACAUAUGGGCGAAGUGGAUGGAAAAAAUACCUUCGAUUGUAAAUUCGUCUGACACUUCGUGCACGGACGAGUUCUCGGCACUGAUAUCGGGACUCCAAUCCAGAGACACAUGGGCGAUGAAAAUGUUGGAUGCCACGUCGAAAAUUCAGUCAGGAAUCAUGACGGGAAACGUCCGGGAACUCGGGAUGUACGAUGAGUGCUUUGAAGCCAGCGGCAAGCACGACAAUGUCACUGUUCAGGGAAAGUUCUGUUCGUUGAUAAUUCGGCCACGUUCCCAUGUAACUGAAGCGAUGAAAGGUGACUUACAGUUGGGUAUGACCUCAUCAGUUUGUGUCCCGUCUUCAUGCAAUGAGCUGCAAAUUGAAGAACUUGUAAGUUUGGUUUCCGAAAACCUCAUUUUCGAAGUUGAAAUUGAUGGGGUGAGAUGCGUAGAAUCAACAUCCGAAGAUUUUACAACCGGAGAGAUUCUGCUGAUACAGAUUAAAAUUUUUUCCAGAACUUUAUUCGCCGCAAUUGUCCAGUUCAUGAUCUUUUCCACCAUCUGCGACUUCUUGAGACGACGAGGUCUUGCGACCUCGUCUACUCUGAUUGAAACUUUGUCGAAGUUUUCACUGUACACCAACGCGCUCGCUGUACUUAGUACCGAAGUAAAGCCCCAGAUGAUGCCCAGCAUUCAGGGUAUACGAGUUUUGGCCACGUGUUGGAUCCUGCUGGGUCAUCGUUAUGCUGCCACAUUAUUCAAUCCGACAGUAAACGUCACAGACAUAUUUGCAUGGAUGGAUUCAUGGCCCUCUACGUACAUUCAAGUGGCGGUUUUUGCCGUCGACACUUUCUUCGUGAUUGGUGGAUUUGUAUUGGCUUACACAUUUUUGAACUCCAUGAAAUCGGGAAAGAAAUUCAAUCUGCCUAUGAUGUAUCUUCACCGUUAUCUCAGAUUAACGCCAAGUUUACUGGCGAUCGUAUUGUUCACCGCAGUUUUACUACAUCGUGUGGCAAACGGUCCGAUGUGGGACAUGAUGUACACCCUGAUUAUAACUCCUUGUCGACAGAGUUGGUGGUAUAAUAUAUUCUACAUCCAGAACUUAGCAGACAAGGAACAUAUCUGCUUGCUACAUUCUUGGUACCUGGCGGUUGAUAUGCAACUCUUUUGGAUAUCCCCAGUCAUUUUGUAUCCAUUGUAUCGCUGGCCGAAAGUUGGGCUGGGAAUAUUGGGCAGCCUUCUCGUCAUCUCAAUAGUUACGCCAGCUGUGGUUCUAGGUGUCAAUCGUUAUUCCAACGAAGUUUUUCAGUUCAACGAAAGUAUAAUAUCGAUGGAGCACUUCUACAACUACUACAUUCAGACUUAUAAUCGAGCCUGCGCCUACUUCGUAGGAAUACUCUUGGGUUACGAUGUGGUGACUAAAAAGCGGCAGCUCACUAAGGUUAACGUAUCGAUCUGUUGGGCCAUCAGCUGUAUUUUUAUACUAGUUUGUGGGUGCGCUACUCAUUUCACUUACAAUUCCAAUUUUCCGUACAAUUUGACACGGGAAGUUGUGUUUGCUUUUAUCAUGCGUCCUUUCUGGUCCAUUGCCAUGGCUUGGUUAGUUUAUGCAUGCACACAGGGAUACGGUGGUCCUGUUUCCCAUUUCUUAUCAUGGCCGAUUUUCCUGCCGUUGAGUAGGUUAUCGUAUAACAUGUACUUGGUGUCUUUCGUUAUUCAAAUGGUGAAAGUUUUUUCCACACGGGUACCUAGUAUCUUUACGGACAUCAGGGUGAUCAACGAGUCUUUCAGUGAUAUAGCGCUAUCAGUCGUAUUUGCUUUCAUCGUCAGCAUAUUCAUUGAAUCUCCAGUCAUUGUGUUGGAAAAAAUGCUGACGAAAAAGAGUCAGAAGUUAGAAAAAGCCACAACUCUCACGGAAAUACCUGAGAAUAACGGAAAGGCGAAGGAGGAUGUGAUCCAAACGACGGCGGGAUCUCAAUGCUGA